AUGACGAUCCACCAAAAGGCGGCGCAGAUGACACAGAUGGACAUUUACUCCAUGAUGGACGGGGAUGAGAGAGACCCGAAGAAAGCUCUAAAGCGGGAGGUAGUGGCUCAGUAUGCGCGUAUGGGUGUUGGUUCGAUCCUCAACAGCCCAUUCGCAGGUGGGCCUGUGGGUGGACGAACGGGCUGGAGCGCGAGCGAAUGGCGGGAGGUGAUCCACCAGAUCCACCAGGUCUAUAAGGAGGAGGGCGCUGCCGUACCAAUGCUGUAUGGCGUGGACACUAUUCAUGGCGCCACCUACGUGCAGGGGGCUACGUUAUUUGGUCAGCCUAUCAGUGCUGCUGCCUCGUUCAACCCCGGGCUGGUGUACAAAAUGGGUGCUGUUGCUGCCAAGGACACACUGAGUGCUGGUAUCCCAUGGAUCUUCAGUCCGGUGCUGGGUAUUGCGGUGCAACCGAAGUGGUCUCGGGUAUACGAGACCUUCGGAGAAGAUCCUUUGGUGUCGUCCGUCAUGGGAGCAUCUCUAAUUAAAGGAUUACAAAGUUCGGGCAAAGUGGCAGCUUGCAUGAAGCACUUUAUAGGCUACUCGAACGUUCGCGAAGGCCUUGAUCGUGCGGACAAUGUCAUUUCGGACUGGGAACUUGUUAACUACUACACACCGUCGUUCCUCGCGGCGGUCCGCGCUGGAGUUCGUACCGCAAUGGAGAGCUAUGUGUCGGUGAAUGGCGUUCCCGUGAUUGCCAGUAAGAAGCUGCUGAUUGAUUUGUUACGGCACGAUAUGAACUUCACGGGAUUAUUGGUGUCGGACUACAGUGAGGUGGAUCGUAUGUAUUCGGAACACCAUUUAGUGCCCAGUGUGGCUGAUGCUGUUCGUGUUGCCCUGCAAGAAACGUCUCUCGAUAUGAACAUGUCACCUAACUUACCUGCAUUCGGUGACACUAUCGAGUCGCUAGUCGAGCAAGGACUCAUUUCAGAGAGCCGUCUUGACGAAUCUGUGCGGCGCAUCUUGGAAACCAAACGGGAUCUCGGACUGCUCGAGCCAGACUAUUACGAUAGCUUUGGGCGUGACGGAAUGGAUAGUGCGUCUACCGUUGGCGAUGCUGCUGAUCAACAGGCCGCGUUAUCGUUGGCCCAGGAGUCAGUAAUUUUACUGGAGAACCACAACAGCGCUCUGCCUAUUGACCUGACAGAAACGACAAAUAUUUUUGUCACCGGACCUGUGUCGGACAACAAGGGCUUUCAAUGUGGUGGAUGGUCCGUGUUCUGGCAGGGAUCCAGUGACUCGACGCUUUUCCCGAAUGGUGCUACCUUCAAGAAAGCCGUUCAGGCCAAGGCAGCGUCCUCGGGCGGGCAAUCGAAGCUACAUCAUCUCGAGGUGGUUGAUAUUGAUGGCAAUGUGAACCCUCAGGACUUUCAACGAGGAAUGCAGCUUGCCGCCAAAAGCGAGUACACCCUGGUUGUAUUGGGUGAGCCAAACUAUGCGGAGAAGACUGGCGACUUGCUAGGAAGUAUGGCUUUACCUGCUGGACAGUUGUGGUACCUUGAGGAGCUUACAAAGCUGAAUUCGACCAAGGUGAUUGUCGUGCUCGUUUCUGGUCGUCCUCGUUUGCUCGAGGGGGCCCACAACCAUGCUGACGCUGUUAUCCUGAGCAUGCUGCCAUGCGAGCAGGGUGGCCAGGCACUGGCGGACGUGAUUUUUGGGGUUGUGAAUCCGUCAGCGCGAUUGCCUAUUACCUACCCAGCGCGAAGUACCCACUACUCGAAAUUCGAGUACUCGACAUUACGACUUAAUGCCACUCAGGUUCACGCUACAACGGGAGCGCUGAAAGUAGCAGUCACCGUGACGAAUCGCGGUACUCGCUCGGGCAAGGAGGUCGUGCUGCUGUUUGUAUCCCAGAAGUUCCGACGCGUAUCUGUGCCCGAAACGAAGCUACUCAAGGCAUUCGAGAAACUGGACGAGCUGGCACCGGGGGCCAGCCAAGAUGUCGAAUUCGUACUCACACCUGAGGAUUGGAGCUAUUACGAGCCGCACAUGGUGGGUCAUGGCUUUCAGUGGCGAGCUGAGCCCGGUGAGUUUGUUGUCUCUAUGCUACCCUCUUCAACGGACACCUCGACAAUGGCAGCACCACGUUCACUGGACGACAGUGAUGAAAGGAGCAGCCAGAUGAAAACCCGUGGCGGCCCGGGCUUCUUGACAUCAAACACUUCGGAAUGGCCAAGUUUAGCGUCAGAGGCUGCCUCGCGUAGGGCCUCGGGACUGAGCGCUUCAUUCCAUGUGAUUCCCUAG